AUGGCAGAAAACGAUAAACAAGCGGACCUGCCGAUUCUCAUUAUUGGCGCCGGCUGUAAUGGAUUGGUUCUAGCUCACGCUCUUCACGUGUCUUUGAGAGAGACGAAACACUCGUCCCGCGAAGGUGGACGAGACUGGGGAAUCGCUCUGCACUGGGCCACCGCGCUUCUGGAGUCCAUGGUGGGAGAGGAGAAAUGGAGCCGUGUCGACGAGACAAUGGUCGAUCCCUAUCUAAAACCCGCACAGCUCGAGUACUUCCCCAUACUCAACGGUAAGACAGGCGAGCUUCUGACGGAGAAGCCCGCGGAAAAUCUAUGCCGUGUCCUGCGCUCGCGUCUACGCACCUUCGCCGCCGAAGGCCUCCCGGACCUGCGCUACAACAAAAAGCUCGAGCGCAUCUCGUACGCGGACGACGGCAAGAGCGUCACGGCGUACUUCUCGGACGGGACCUCGGAGACGGGCCGUCUGCUCGUCGGUGCUGAUGGAAGCCAGAGCAAAGUUCGCAGGGAACUAGUCGGCCUCGAGCGUGCCGCAGUCAAGCGGCUGCCUCUCGUAGCGACCUUCAUCACCGCUUCGUUCUCGGCCGAGUAUGCCGUGGCCCUGCGGAAAAUCGCCGGCAACGCACUGAUUAGUCUCUGGCCGCACCCGGACAACAUGCUCGGCGCGCUGACGCUGAUGGACGGGAUCGAGAAGGACCAUCCCGAGAAGUGGCGGUUUACUUUCUACGUCGCGUGGCCGAGCAGUCUCGAGGAGCAGGCUGCGGAAGUGGCGGCGGGGAUGAGCAUUCGCGAUCGGCUGCGCCAGGCCAAGGAGAAGAGUAAGGCGUUUGUGAACCCCAUACGCAAGUGCUUCGAGUUGUUGCCCGAUGACCACGAGGAGGUCUACUGGGUCGGCCUGUCGAAUUGGGACCCGACCUUGCCGGAGCAUAAGUGGGAUAACCACGGGGGUCUCGUUACGCUGGUGGGCGAUGCGGCGCACCCUAUGACGUAUCACCGUGGACAAGGGCUAAGCCACGGUCUCGCCGACGUCUACAACCUCGUCAAGUUACUAGCCAACCCCGAAGGUCGGUCGCAGGCUGAACUGAUCGACGCGUAUGAGAGCGAGAUGCGGCCCCGAGCCGGUGAGGAAGUCCAGCUAAGCGAGAUGAACUCGGUCAUGUUGCACGACGGGUCUAGAGCUACGGAAAGCCCGAUGGUGACGAGGGGACUUAGCUACGGGAGCGGUAAAGCAGAGAAACCGUAUAGUGCCGUGGAGGUGAAGAUGGGUUGA